AUGCGUGGAUGCGAGACGUGGGAUCUUCCAAAGUCUGUAGCGUCGUAUUUUCGGGAUAUUCAGUCCGGAAAUUUAUAUUAUGCGGCUUCUUCCUCUGGUUUGUGGCUUAGAAUCCCUCGCCCUCCACAUCCAUCUGAUACUAUUGUCUUCGGUUUUGUGACGGGCCUGGACAAGGACGGUGUUGUUCUGGACUUCAAAGUUGUGAAGUUGGCUGCACUGGUACCCAAGAAACACACUUGUUUGUGUCUGUGGGUGUAUUCCUCUGAGACUGGAACUUGGACACGCAAGCGACUUUACUGCCCUCCUUACAUCACCAGCCUAUGUAAGCCUAUGAGUCUGAACGGGACGCUUUAUGUAUCCGAAACAAGUUUAGACGAUGAUCUUCCUGUUCAACCCGGAGUACUUAUUGCUCUUGAUUUCUAUUCUGAAUCCGAUCUAUGUCGUGUCAUACCUCUCCCCGAUCAUAAUGUGAAUCACAACCGGGACUUCAAAAGAGCCUUGAGUGCAUCCCGCGGAUUUGUCAUGUACAUGAAAACAUUAGCUGAAGAAGGAGACAAUCUUCUUAUGGUUUGGAGGUUUUGA